AUGAUAUAUCCUGCUCAAUUGAGGGCUUCCGCCCUUUCUCAGCCUUUGUCGAGGCUUCAUAUUGCUCAAAAGAGUUUUGCCCCCGUUUUUGUUCGUGGAAAAGGACUCUCAGCCAUUCACCGGGGUAUUCGUAGGGAAGUUGGUAGAACAGAACCUGGUGCACCCAAUCCCUCUUCCUUCGACAGACCUCCUCGAUCACCCAGGCGUGAAACGUCUUACAACCGUCGUGAAGCACCCCCUGCCCGUCGAGAUCCCUUUGCGGAUAAAUUUAGUGCGAGAGCCGUCGAUCGUGGUGCACAAUCCAACACACGAAACUGGCGUCAAGAACAGAAUCUAAGGAAGAAAUUGAGAAAGAAGGAUGAGGAAAAGGCUGCCCAAGAGGAGAGGGAAGCAGAUGGCACCGCCCGCCGAACGAGGAGAAAGCGAUUUGCGGACCCUGAAAACGAAUUUGGGAGUCGAAGUUUGGUGCAUCGAAUGAAGUAUGGCGACCUCAAAGAGGUGGCCGAUAAACUGCGAGUGAAGCAACCCAUUCAGCCACGGUCUUUCCGACAAGCUGCAAGAGAUCGUGCACUUGAGUUUGGGGAACUGGACGGAACUUCACGACACGAACGACGACCUGAGCGAUCACAACAGCAGUCUGAUCACCCAGAGCAAAAGUUCGAACGUUCAGACAGACGACCUGAUCGACCGCAGCAGCAGUUUGAUCGUCCGGAUCGUCAAUUCGAUCGUUCAGAUAGACGUCCUGACCGGUGGUCUGACAAACCGCCCCAAAGGUUCGACAACUCCAAUCGCAGUGCCCCUCGGCGGGACAAUACUCGGAACGAUCGAUGGAACAGCCCGGACGAAGAUUCCAGCGAUGUAUAUGCUGUUGAGCGUGCACAGAGAAAUGGAAUGAUGGCCAUGACUAUCAAAUACACGACUGCCGCUUCCCAGUUUCUUUAUGGUCGAUCAGUAGUCAAAGCAGCCUUGGAGCAGAACCGACGAAAAUUAUACAACCUGUACAUCUAUGGUGGCGAAAACAGGAUGGACAACAAGGACAACACAAUUAUGACCCGGAUGGCAGAGAAGCAUGGAGUACCUAUCACGACCGUGCCUACUCACGAGCAAAGAAUUAUGGAUAAGAUGAGCAUGGGACGACCUCAUAACGGCUUCGUUCUUGAAGCUUCCCCUCUACCCCAAUUACCUAUUAAGUCGCUCGGCAAAUUGGAGGAGAGCCCUGGACGUCUUGGGUUCCACGUCGACCUUGACUAUCAGACCAGAGAAGAGGCAGCGGUGAACGGUACAGACACGUUCACCCGACGAUCCAACGAUGUAACACCCAAGCCAUUCGUCCUUUUGCUGAAUGAGAUCAUGGACCCAGGUAACUUGGGAGGCAUCAUCCGUACUGCUAGUUAUCUCGGUGUAGACGCAGUCUGCAUCACCAACCGAGGUUCAUCUACACUCACCCCAGUCGUUCUCAAAUCUGCUGUUGGUGCAGUGGAGGAGAUUUCGUUGUUCACGGUUGACGAUCCUGUGAAAUUCGUCGAAGAAUCUGGCAAAGCUGGUUGGAAGACUUAUGCCGCAGUGGCACCGCCUGACCGAAAGUUGGUUCGAAGACAUGGCGACAAGUUCAUCUCUUUGGACUCUAUUGAGUCCACGAGCCCACUAAAUGACCACCCUUGUCUGCUGGUUCUUGGUAAUGAGGGUCAUGGUCUAUCGAAGCCUGUCAAGGUCGCUUCUGACUACGAACUAUCGGUUCCUCGAUUUGUUCAGGGAAGCUGCGUCGACAGUUUGAACGUCAGUGUCGCGGCUGGACUCUUGUGCCAUGCUUUCGUCAAGGAACCAGUGGUCGAGGUCAAGUACGAGAAAAUCGAGAAAACCGAGCAAGAACCUGAGGUUAAGGCUGUCGAGCCUGUUGAAGAGGAGACCGUAACCGCUACUACUGUAGAGACCGAGACACAGCCUGCUGAGGAAGCCCAGACUGAGUCUGUUACUAUCGCAGAGCAGUCUGAGACGAUAACGGAAGAGACCGAAGUUGCUACCAAGGAGGAAGAGACAAACUCUGAAGAAAAGGAGAAGGUUGAGGAAUCUAACGAACAGAUGUUUUAA